GUCAUAGGUGCCGAACCGCCGACCCCAUCAACAACCCGCUCUCCGGACCAGCACCCGGCUGAUUCGCGAUUCAACAUUUGCGCCAACCUCGACAGCUCUCACAUAUACUCCGUUGCAGAACUUCCUACUGCAACAGGGGCGCAAGCUGUCUUGACCAUGAGCGACUCCGACGAUAGCGGCAGCACGCCCGGCAUCCCGUCAUGGCAGCGCGACCAAAAGAAAGAACCCGAACUCGAGCCGGAGACCACCACCUCGCAGGAUGCGAAGCAAGACGAUGUUCCCUCCCGCGAGGACAGUCUCGAGGUCGCCCGCAAGUUCCUGCAGGAUGAAGAGAUCAAGGACGCACCGAGGGCGGCAAAGGAGACUUUUCUGAAGACAAAGGGUAUCUCGCCAGAGGAUAUAGAGCAGUUAUUAGGUAGCUCGGCAUCUGAGCCGGCGCAAGAGACCACUCAAUCAGAACAGGCACCGCCAAGCUCAAGUCAAUUAACGACAACAUCACCAACACCAUCACAGACACCCUCACCCUCACCACCAUCGCAAACCGAAAUCUCCCUCCCCCGCCAAACAGACCAGCCCCCCGUGAUAACCUACCCCGAAUUCCUCACAAAACCAACCCGCCCCCCGCCGCUCGUCACCGCAAACGGCAUCCUCAACACCCUCUACGCCUUCGCCGGCAUCUCCACGCUCCUCUACGGCACGAGCAAGUACCUCGUCCAACCCAUGGUUGAGAACCUUACCGAAGCCCGCUACGACCUCCACGAGACAACCUCCCAGAACCUGGCCAAGAUAAUCGAGAAGCUCGAGGGCACCGUCUCCGAGAUCCCCGCCCCCAAGAAACCUGCGUCAGCAAUAGAGAACAAGGACAUACCAGACGACGACGCAAGCAGCGCCGACGACCCGACCGAGAUGUUCCACCGCGACAUUGGCACGCAGACAUCGAUCCCCUCUACACCCUCUCUAACAACCUGGGGAGAGACCAACAACAACGCCAACAGCAGCGACAAGGACAAGUCCGCGACAGACAGACAGGCCGACAAGCUAACCUGGUUCAAAAAUCAAGCCGCCUGGCUAAAGACCACAGUCGUAGGCGACGCCGACGAUGUGGCGGACCUAAAGGCAAAGAUGGACGUGCUCAAAGACGACCUCGUGCAGCUGGCGUACCCGAGCCCGUCGGACUACGCCGGCGGCAGCAGCUACGCGCUGUACGGCGGCCCGCGCAAGAACGAGCCUGAGGACGAGAUCAAGAAGGCGAGGGAUAACAUUCGGAGGGUCAAGGGGGUAUUGCUUAGCACGAGGAAUUUCCCUGCUUCUGCGAGGUGAAUUUUCUUUUGGCCCUUGGUAAAUAGAAACGGAUCUUUUGUCAAAGGUUGCGUUGGCAGACACUGAACUGGAGGGCUUUUAUGAGGAUUAGGAAUUUGUAUCAUAUCAGUGAAAGGUUUAUUAUAAUGGAACUGACGACUUUGUUUACUAUUGCUGGACACGUCGGUGCUAGAAACUAGUCACUAUGGCAAAAUCUGUCAAUAUGGCGGUGUAUUCUGUCGACGCCUUUGCCUGUAUGAAGAGAAUACAGCGUCACAUACCUGGUUCACUUUCAGUACAUGCAUAAUUACAC